AUGAAGGUUCCUUUUAGACCCACCACUUCUACUUAUAAUGUGCUCAUGAAAGCUUGUGGCACUGAUGACUUUCGUGCAAGAGGUUUAAUGGAUGAGAUGAGGACAGCUGGCAUUUUCCCUAAUCAUAUAACUUGGUCCACUUUGAUUGGUGUUUAUGGAGGUUCCGGGGAUGUCAAACGUGCUGUACAGAUUUUGAAAACCAUGCGUAACUCUGGUGUCCAACCUGAUGUUGUUGCAUAUACAGCAGCUAUUAAGGUUUGUGUAAAACAGAGGGAAUUGAAUUUGGCAUUUUCAUUAUUUGCAGAGAUGCAGAAAUAUCAAGUACAACCAAAUAUGGUUACAUAUAACACACUUCUGAGAGCACGUACUAGAUAUGGUUCCCUAGAAGAAGUGCAACAAUGUUUAUCUAUUUAUCAACACAUGCGUAAAGCAGGGUUUAAACCCAAUGAUUACUAUCUGAAGGAACUGAUAGAGGAAUGGUGUGAAGGGAUAAUACAAGAUAACCAUCGGCCACAAAACUCUAGCAACAGAAGAAAUUUAGGGGGACCUCAAAGUUUACUUCUUGAAAAAGUUGCAUCACACCUGCAAAAGGGUAACACAGAUGCCCAAUCUAUAGCUGUUGAUGUUCGAGGCCUCACAAAGGUUGAAGCACGGAUUGUUGUCUUAGCAGUUUUGCGCAUGAUAAAAGAAAACUACCAUUCGGGUGAAUUGGUAAGAGAUGACAUGUUGAUAAUACUGGGAGUACAUGAAGUAGGUGAUAAACAUGAAUUUGAUGUAAAGGAUACAAUAAUCAAACUUGUAAGAGAUAAUUUAGGUCUUGAGAUUCUCUCAUUAGGACCAAAAAUCCCAAGUGAGAUAAUAAGAAUAAAUGUGGAGAAUCCAUUCCAUCCAAAUCCAAAUCCCGACUUAUUAUUAUUAGAUAAAACUCUCCGCUCCCCAAACAGAAGACCAGCGGUUUUUCAGAGGUUGAAGGUCACACGAAGGUCAUUGUAUCAUUGGUUACAAAAGAAAAUCAAAUGAUAAGUUUUUGUACAUAAUUAAUUGGUCCCUCAAUGUACUUGUAAUAAUUUGUAACACUACUCUAUAAUCCAAUUUAUUGAAUAUAAAUAAAAAGUCAUCUAUCAUAUAUUCAUAUGUUCAUUUACAAUAUUUUACAUAGAGUAUCAUUGUGAAUAUAAGUACCUCAUCCUCAUCCUCAUGUCUCAUGAGCAACAAGCUUUAAGUAUCUCUUCUAUGUUGGGAUCAUCCCCUGCUUCUUUGUCCUUGUGGAUGUAUGAGAUGUUGCUUAUCCCUGGACCUGCAACUAUGAUUCCA